AUGAACUUGCCCAGACUGACUUUAAAAUAUCAAAAGCAAAAGAGAAAGAGAAACAAGGGCAAAAAGAAGCCAUCAGCCACCCAUCAGACAAGCCCACCACGGGUGCCUCUUGAAGACGUCUUCAAGAGCAAGCCGUUCCCUGAAGGCCAGAGCGUGGACUACAACGUCCGAGAUGAGAACCUUCAGCGCAAAGCAGAAGGGGAGGUUCGCCACCUGGCUGCUGUUAAUGACAUGGACGACAAUUUCCUGAGCGAUUACCGCAAAGCCGCCGAAGUUCAUCGUCAACUCGCAGAUGAGAUCAAAGACGGUGUGCGUGCUCUGGUCGGCCACCAGGCUAUUGAGAUUGGAGAUGCACUCAAAGCGGGCAUGGGCUUCCCGACUGGACUUUGCUUGAACAACGUUGCGGCGCAUUGGACCCCGAGUCCUGGUCAGAAGAAUGUGGCCCUCCAAUAUGACGAUUUUCUUAGUUUCGACUUCGGGGUCCAUGUCAAUGGACGGAUCGUGGACAGUGCCUUCACCAUUAUUCACAACCCAAUCUACGAUGGCUUGCUUGAGGGCGUCAAAGCUGCUUCGGACACAGGGCUGAAUGAAACCGGUAUCGACGCUCGUAUGGACCAUAUCAGCGCCUGCAUCCAAGAAGUAAUGGAGUCGUACGAGAUUCUCCGUUACAAAAUCCACGGCGAUAAGCAAGUCCCCUUCGUAAAAACGUGCACCAACCAAACCAUGAAAGAAGGCGACAUCUUCGCAAUCGAAACCUUCGGCAGCACAGGCCGAGGCUCAAUCCGCGACGCUCCGGGCGUAUACGGCUACGGCCUCACCUCUUCCUCUCACAUCAACCGCCGCAACCUGCAUCACGCAUCCGCCAGAUCCCUGCUCAAAGUGAUCGAGGAGAACUUCGGCACGCUUGUCUUCUCGCGGCGGUACCUGGAACGACUGGGUGUGGACAAGUAUCAUCUGGGGAUGAAGACAUUGGUGGAAAAGGGCGUCGUGGUGCAGUAUGCGCCGUUGGUGGAUGUGUCAUGGAGUUAUGUUGCACAUUUUGAACAUACUGUGUUGCUAAGACUUAAUUACAAGGAAGUCAUCUCACGAGGAGAUGACUACUAA